AUGGAAGCAAUAACUCUCAACCAAUUGCACUCUAUGGCUAAUGCCAUGACUGGGACCUGCCAUAAUAUUGUGUUCAUGCUCACAAAUAUCGAAGAACAGUGGCAUGAGGCACCCUACUUCCUAACGUCGAUUAUGGAGAGUUGCCAAACCCUUCAUGAAACGAUAUCUCAGUUUCGUGAUCACUUGCACGACGAAAUCGGACUCCCCUUCGACGCACUUCAUUCUAUCCUUAGCUCAUUUCAGAAGGUUAUAAAUUGGGUUGAGAAGGGUACCCGAGAGAUACAACUAAGAGGCAACGAUGCCGCAGAUAGAAAUCUUUGGAAACGAUUCAGACAAGAAGUUCCCGAUUCCACGCUCAAAAGUUGCAGCAGUGAGCUCGAUAAGCAAAAUAGCUCCAUCGAAAGCCUCAUGAAAAUUCUGAAGCUACCGCUAGGCCAGAGGCAACGUUCCUUCGAUCAGCUUCAUUCUGGGAUAAAAGAACAUAGCCAUAGCUCAUCGAUCGGAGCCUCCGGUGGCGCGAGAUUCUCGUUCAGUGCAUUUGAAGUUCCCUCUCAAAAACCCUCCUAUCGCUUUCGACUACAGGCUAUCGAAUCCAUAGCAGUUUCUUCGUUUGGAUGGUUGGUUGUCAUAAGCUUACUCAAAGUUCAAGCCUGCAUUACUGGUCUUACAUCAUCUGGCGCUUGGGUCCUGCCGUUGAAGGAAGGACUGGUAAGAGAGUCUGUAACCUCGUUGUGGAUGUUGAUAAAACUAGUACUCGAUUCGUUGUCGAGCCUCACAGGACUUCUGAAAGUCCCACUGAUCCAGCUUGCACGCUGGCUGUCGUGGCUCGGUACUCAGAUCUUCAGCUCUGACCCUCCUGGGGCAUCUCAUAUCCCCAAGUCUGCCAACCGGGAAGAACUGAGCGUGGCCCUUCUGGAAGCGGCGACAGUUGGCUCGCUACGAGACGCGGCAGCCCUCCUAAAACGAGGAGCGCGAUGCACCAUACGGGACGAAAAUCUCAUGACACCUUUACAUUUAGCAGCAAGUUGGGGACAUUACGCUAUCCUUGAGCUCUUAAUAAGUUACAAAAACAAGGACUGGUACGCCCAGGGCGGUAUUACGCCCAUACAUCUUGCAGCAAGAUACGGCCACAGCAAGGAGGUGAAGAUGCUGAUAUCGAAUGGUGGGCACGAUUGGAUAAACGAUAGGGCUGAUAGCCCGGCAACCUUGCAGAAGUUCAAGUUUCCACGAGUCAUCGCACACGCGAAAACCUUUUCGGCGCGAGAACUGGCAGCUAUAUAUGGUCAUGAAAACGCAGUACUUGCCUUCCCAUCGACCAAGAAAGACGACAUUCUUCAUGCCAUGUCGUCUGCGUGUGCAUUAGGAAACCAGAGUAUGGUCGAGACGAUAUGGCGUCAUCACAAACAGAGAUCGUACUUCAAGAGACAUUCAAACCCAACAAAACUGGUCAGCACGUUCCAGGCACCGCCACUUCACUUAGCCGUGUCUUCCGGAAACCCUGCCCUUGUCGCUUAUCUCCUCGAACGUGAUUUUCCCGUCAAUGAUCAAAGUACCGCCAAGGACUCGCAGUAUAGCUCCCCUGCGCACUAUGCCGCUAUAACUGGCUCGGUAGAGAUUCUUUAUCUCUUAAAGAGUAGCGGAGGCGCCAUGACAAGCUUAGACUUCAGGAACCGGACACCGCUGUCGUAUGCUGUUGAGUAUGAGCAUGUACAGGCUGUUUCGUUUUUGGUGAGGCAGGUGUCUUUAUAUCGAAGCACGUCUAGUAAAGAUACCGUAACCUUGCAUCUCGGUUCGGGUCACAGAGAGCAUAUGAAAGGUUGGAAUGUUAUGAAUGGCGAAAUAAGGAAAAUUCUUAAACAGAUAGGAAUUUGA